AGUUGGAGGAGCGUCUGACAGUGGUGGUUGGAGAUGCGAAGCAGCUCAAACUGCUUGGUGUGCCAGCAUACAUGAAGGGAACUAACGAGCCAUGCGGAACGAUCAUCGCCCGGCUGACAUGCAAGCUGCUGCAGGGGUGGUGCUGCACCGAUCAGGUUGUCAACAUGGCAUUUGACACCACCGCGUCAAACACUGGCCAUCUCACAGCAGCCUGCAUUGCCAUCCAGCUCUCACUGGGUCGACCACUGCUCUGGUCCGGAUGCCGGCACCACAUAGGGGAAGUGCUCCUCACAUGCCACAUUUUCACCGACCUCAAGGUGGAGACGUCCCGCUCGCCAGAUGUUACAUUGUUUACACGGCUCCGGGACAACUGGGACCUGGUGUCACAUAAGGAGCGCAGCCCAUUGUCCCGCUACAUUCCUGACGAGGCAGAACCACCGUUCUUGGGCAAGUUGCGUGCUGAACUCAUUGCAUGCACUGCAGGAGUGCUCGACUACAAGCGAGGCGACUACCGCGAGUUCGUGCAGCUGUGUCUUGUGUAUCUGGGUGCAGACGGUGCAGCACACACUCCAGUUACCUUCCAACGGCCAGGAGCACUGCACAAGGCGCGGUGGAUGGCCAAGCUGCUCUACACUCUCAAGCUGGCCUUGAUGGAGCAGCACAUUGCGUUGCUUCCUCACGGGACCAUCACAACUAGGCAGCAGGUGCGGAAGAUUAGGACGUUUGCCAACUUCAUUACACACAUCUACGCAACGUGGUGGCUGACCUGUGACACGGCCGUAGAUGCCGCAUGGAAUGACCUCACACUCUACCACAACCUGUAUGCGUACAAGUCUGUUGACGAACGCAUUGCAGCAUCAGCGAUCAAGGCACUGGAGCGGCACCUAUGGUACCUGACAGGCGAGAUGCUGCCCCUGGCACUCUUCAGCACCAAGGUGCCAGUUGGCGAGCGGCGCGCACUUGCAGAUGCCAUCUUGGAGCAGAGGCCGGCUGACCUCCCCAUGCGAGCCCCACAGCUCCGCUUUGGCACUGGCUUCGGCAAGCCAAAGUUCCCAACCCUCUCACCGACCACCAGCUUGGCUGACCUCGCCAACCCAGACUGCUGGUUCGGCAUGCACCAGCUGCACAUCGAUCCAGUGUUUCUCUCACUGGCUGUAGAGGAUUGGGCUGCCAGUGAAGCAUUCCAGAUGGGUGCUGUGAAUGUACGUGCCAUCAAUGUUGUGAAUGACUGUGCCGAGCGUGGCGUCAAACUCACAUCAGACUUUGUGGCAGCAGCCAGGAGCGAGGAGCACCUGCAGAAUGUGCUGCAGGCAGUUGAGCAUGACCGCUCUAAACAGCCAAAUCUGCGCCGCUGCAAGUGCAAGCUAGACCACAACUAGGACUUAAUUUCAAUGUUGUUAUUUUUGUUCUUCAAUAAAUAAAUGUUCUAUUGAAAAUAUAUGUUCUCAAAAACAAUUUCUUGCGGGUUUUUUUAUUGCCUAGGAAAACACCCAAAACGGCAGAUUUUCAUAUUUUUCACAUGCUGUGUUCCACCUCUAAAUCUCAAUGAAUUUUCCCAAAACUUUGCAUAAGUCAUUUUUAUCUGUGUCCGAACAAAAUGCAAUCCCAGACAGUUUGAUAUUUAAUUUUUGCAUUGCAAUUUGAUGCAGCAAGAAUUCGUAUCUAGUUUGUCCUUUUUUUCAUUCCUUUAUACACACUCCUACAUUAGUUCUGAUUGAUUUCAUCUAUUUGAAGAAAAAAAAUAUAUAAUAUAUAUAUAUAUUCAGUGGUGAAAUGUAACUAAGUACAUUUCAUGUCUGUAUCCUAAAUGUUACAAAACCACCAGCAGCCAGCUAGCUUAGCACAAAGACUGAUAAAAGGGAAACAGCUAACCUGGCUUUGUCUGAAGGUGACAAGAUCCACCUGGGAGUUCUUCUUGAGCUGAUAUACACUUGAUAUUGUGUUUGUUUAAUCUGUACAGAAAAAGUGUCAAAACUGGAAGACAGUACUUUGCCAAUAAAUAGGCAGGAAUAUAACGUGUACAGUGGCAAAUUUGUCAAAAUAUCCCAAAAUAUUGAAAUAAUUUACUUAUACUACUUAUACUUCCUUUCAUGCUACUUUGAACUUCUACUCCAAUACAUUACAAAUAUACUUUGCUCCACUUUAUAUAAUUAAGAGCUUCAUAUGCUAGAAUCAAAACAUUCAAGUUUUUUUUUAAAUCAAGUUUUAUCUUUCAGAAGUUCAGACACAGGUUCACAUGGUAUGACGGCGUUUACAGUAUAGAAAUAUGAAAAUAAGGGUUUUAGGACGCAGCUAUAGUCAGAAUUGUAUUUGGAAGAUUAAGGCACUGUUAGAGACUGAACUAUGUGAUGUACUUCAAAUGAGCUGCACCACAACUUAAGUAAAAUGCUAAAGAGAUUAUCAUACACCAUUAGAAAUACUCAUUCAGUAUAUUCUAUAUAUUACACUAUGAAAUUGGCCACUGUACAAUUUUAAGUUGGGAUACUCAAAGUACAUUUGGUUAUUAACACAUAUUUACUUUAUAUUUUUACAAAUGUGUCAUUACCCCGCAGCAUUUUUGCUUCUCACUAUUGAUUCCCCACAGUUUGCUCCAUCCUCACUGGCCCUGCCCAGUCACAUGACCGGCCACAGGGCAUGUCGUAGUAAAGAGCGCACCCAGUGACUCAACUGUUUCUGCUCCUGCAUGUGCUCCAGCAGGACAGACCUGUACACUGCAGGAGUUGGAGGGAGGGGGAGGCUGUGUUUGUCAGACGUGUCGCCUGCAGUGGGAAACACUGACACCCUUUGGCUGAAGAGAGAACUGGACCUCUGUCGUUGGUUAAACUGUAAAUGUACAACCAGAGUUUUUCACAAGUGUAACGAGGACCAAGCCACCUUAUAGAGAGCCAAAGUCCAGCUCCAGGUUCGACUCUGAUCCUGCAGCUUGUGUUAUUUCUAAAAUAUGUAGUUGUGUUCAUGUAUUCACUAUCAUUAUUAUAAGAUAAAAUAUCCUACAGCACUUGUUAUUAGAGGAGGAACCUUCCAUGAAAAUGUUCCAGUAUCGAUACUUGCAUCAUAACUUCUUUAAAUGUCUACUAUGUAGGCAGCUUCACUUUGGGUCUCUAUAAAGUUGAUUACGUAUUUGCAGACGGUUCCUUCACUGGCCACCUGAACACAAGUCUUCUUCUAGCUCUGGUUUGGUCUCCUCUGCUUCAUUAGCUGCCACUUUUUUGCCUAUGGCUGUAAAUGAAGGUGACGAGAGUUGCAGGCUUCAUAACCAAAACAAUGGGCUAAAAGGGGCAAACAUGCCCAACAGAGUGCAGCGUCAGUUGAUCAUUUUCUGUGGCUUCUUCGCUGUCUUGGCACCUUUCACAUUGCACAAAGUAAUGUGAUCCAUUGUCAGUGUAAAAAUAUAUAUAAGUGCAGCUUUAAGGACAAACUCCAGGUAAUGAAAUGUCUAAACUUAUUGUUUCAUUGUUUCCACUCCUGUGUUGCGACAGUCUGGCAGACACACCCAGGUGAACACGACCCGUUGACUCACAUUUGAUGGGGAUUAAAACCAGCAGCUAUCCAAAGGUUUUCUCCUCCCUUUAGUGUGUUUGUUUGAAGUCACUCAGUGAGGAUACAUUCAGACACUUAGUUGUAAAUUUUCUUUAUCGACUCAAACGAGGUGUCACAAGUAUUAUUGAGCAUAUGGCUCUGUCGGACAAAUUACUGUCGAACAACUCCUAUGCAAAAAUCAAAGUAAAUCCCAGUGUAAAGCUUUCACUUGUGCUUAGGUUUUGGCAGUUGAUAGGUUUUGUUAUAUUUUGAUGGUUGUAUUAAUUUCUUGUGUAAUACUGCAUUUAGUAGUUCAAGACAACACUCCCUUAAGUCCUUUUCUUCACAGCAUUUGAAAAUAUUCUCUAAAUGAACCAUUGUAAAAUAUAAAUAUAAGAAUAAUAUAAUAUCAUAUUUAUUAUUUCCAUACAUCUUUGUAAAAUACCCAUUUUUUUAAUGUCCUCUGCCUUAACUAUAGUAGCUAUAGAAAGGGACCUCUGUCAGAUAAACCACCAGACCACAUGUCUUUUUAUCUCAUGUCUCUAUGGUCACAUGAAAGCAUGUCUCCUUACUGAAUGUUUUGAUGCUUCCUCGUUAUACAGUAGGAUGAAGGUGACGUUGUUUUGGAUCAGCUUCUUGUGCUCUGUUUCAUGCACAUAUUCCACAGAAUCACCGUUUCUACAGGAAUGAUAAUUAUCCACAUUUUUAUUUGUGUGGAUGGUGCCUUUUUCACUCAUUUACCUUCUCAAGAAAUUUUGAUUUGUUUUUGUAAGCUUUUGUGUAUAUAUUUUUGUAAUUGCCCAUCUCCUUUGUUCGCUCUUUGGGUUUUUACUAUGUAGCAUAUAGUUAUUUACACAAUGUGGAUGCUAGCAGAUAUAUAUCGGUGUUUUGUUUCACAUCAUCGUGUCCCACCUCGGAAGACUGCAAACAAUCCUGACGGAGGAUUAUCUCUUGUUCUUUCUGAUAGAUAUCAUCCUCACACAUGACUUAAGCGCAGUUAUUUGUAUGUUUUUUAAAUGCUGUACAUAAAAACACAUUUUAAGAAUUUUUCAUUAAGAUAUUGAGACAAGAAUUGUCUUUUAAUGCAAUACAUACUCCUGUAGGAAAUCUAGUGUACCACUCACCCAUUUUCUCUUCCCUCUCACAUUUCCUUCCUUUUAAUAGAAAUGCAUGCGCCUGUCUUUUUCCAAUAGAGAACAAAAGCACUUAUUGUCCCCCUCCUUACAGUUUGAACAGACAGACUGACACUCGAUCUGCAAAACUCAGUGUGUGUGUGCGUGUGCGUGUGCGUGUGCGAGUGCGCGUGUGAGCGUGCGUGCGUGCGUGCGUAUGUAUGUAUACAGGCCUGUGUGUGCGAGCACAAGUUUGAAAUAUAGACAUGGCCCGAAUGUGUUUUCUUUUCAUAGCAUGAUAAGAAAACACAUUGAUAAGGCAGCAAUAGUUUGACGCAGUAAUAUAAAAAACAGAAAACAUUAAUUGAGUUGCUUUUUGCAAACUUUCACUUUACAAA